GGGCUGGACACUUUAAGAAAACUUGGGCGGGAUCUAGGAAGCUGUCCUAAAGCGAUGGGCUCCGGUCCUGUGGCUCUGAGUUAGGACAAGCAAGGUGGGACAUGGGGGGCAGAGGCACCUGUGGCUCUGAGCACUUUGUUUUGCUUCCUUUGCCUUAGGUAUGGGAAAGAGAUGGGCAUAGAGGACCAGACCACUUCCACAGUCAAACUGGGUUUGAGCUCUCACUCCUGCAGCGCUUGAUUAUUAUCUUCAUGGAGCUAGUCUAAGUUCAUGCAAGCAUCUGUGUCCUGUACAAAUUGUGGAGCCAGCUUGAAAGGAAGGAGUGUAUUUUAGGUGCUUUAAGAGCAAGAGACUCGGCUCCUAGUGGGAUCCAGUGGGGUCUUGAAGCUGCUCUGAGCUGUCUAGUUGCUGAGAAGCAUCCCUGGAGAAAGAUCGGUCCCUUUGCCUGGUGGGUUUCUGGGGUCCAGGUGGAUGAGGAUAGAGCAGCGGCAGGGCAGGGAGGUGCCAGUGACUAGGUGCAGGAUGUGGGCACAGUAGAGCUGCUCCAGCUGGCCCUUGGAUGGCCUGGCCCUUUCCAGGUGCCGGAGAGGCUUGGGUCAGCUCAGUAGCUCUCAAUGCUUCUUUGUGUCCUGGGGCUUAGGAGGUGGAUGCUACCUCGUGUCUGAUUGUGGGGGAAGGCAGGAACAGGAGGUUUCAAAAACACUUUUCUAUGCCAACUCCUUCCUGGGCCCAAGAAAAGGAAGUUGACUUUUUUUUGUCCAGCAUCCAAGAAUUCAUUUGAGAGACUAGGCGGAGCCAGGCCUUAAUGAAUUGUUUGAUCCCUCAGAGCACACAUCUUUGAAGGGAAGGAACACUUCCCUAGACUUGGCAGGGCCCCAGGCCUUGCUACCUCUCACUGACCCCACCAUCCCCAUCCCUGCUGAAUGACCUGCAGGGCUGAGGUGCCUGGUCUAACCCCAGAAGAAUUCUUAGCAGCUGUUUUUCUAGAAAUUUUGCACUUUGAAUUUUAGUUUAAGUAAUAACUCUGGGGAAACCCGAAGUUUAAAGAGUUGCUCAAGUCCCACAGAGCAGGCUGUUGUAUUUUUCAGACUUUAAGUGAUCUCUACACCCCAUGGGGGUUAGGGGGGCUCGAACUCAUGACCCUGAGAUCAAGAGCUGCAUGCUCUUAUGACUGAGUCAGCCAGGGACUCCAGGCUCCUUGGUUUUCUUCCUCACUGCCUGCCAGUGCAGUCAGGCCCAGGACUUAGAGGACACACUCCAGGGAAGCGUUUUAGGCAGGUUCUAACCAGAACCCUAUUUGUCAGGGCAAACUGCUCUCUUUUCCUAAGGUAGGAUCCCUGGGUUGGCAGCCAAGGAUCGCAACCCGACAGUAUCUUCUCCCUUCCGUUAAUCCCACUGGAGGUCCUACGUUUCAAAUUGUGCCCCAGAUGGAUGCCGGUGCUCUGCUGCGGGAAGGAGGGGUAGGGUGGAAGAGAGCUGGGACCUCGGGAGCUGCAAAGGGUAGACGGGGCGAGUGGUCCGGUGCCCGAACUAAAACCCUUCCUGCCAGACUCUGAAAUGGGAAAUAACGAAUAGCAGCCAGCGAAUCCUGCCCCCACCACACCCACCCUUUACCCCACAGGAUCCGUAGAGGUCUCCAAGCCUUGGGCCUCCGAGAGCCCAGUGGAGGCGCUCAGCUGGUCUCCGGGCGGCAGCUGCGCCCUCGGCGUGGAAUGACGGUGACCGCCCAGCACUCUGCGCCCGGGAGGCCCCCGGCCCACCGUGCCGCACGGCGAGAAAGGCUCCCGAGGGGCUGGGUCAUCCCCGCGGGCUUCAGGUGUCCGCACGAACGGGCGCCCUCCGGGCGUGAUGCUGGGGGGAGAAGGAUGUCUCCAGGCGGCGGACGUGCUCCGAGGAGCCAAGGCGAGGUGUUCGCGUUGACCAGCAGGCCGGCCCCGCUCGGCUCCUCACCACCCGCAGCCCGGGUCGGGAAAGUGGGGGUGCCCGUGCCUAUUGGGCCUCCGCGAGCUUGCGCUCGCCCGCUGCCCGCAGCGCAGCUCUGCAUUGGUCAGCCCGGCGCCCCGCCCGGCUCCCGCGCCCCGAUUGGCCGUGGAUGUGCCCGACCCCCGGCGAGGGCGCUGAGGCGGAGAGCGGGAUUGGUGGUCCCGCCGUCCCCGGGUCGCGGCCGCGCGCUCCGCCCGCCGCUGCGUCCCCACUAUGGCGGCGCCCAGGCAGCCCACCGCGUCGUGGGCGCCCGCCGGGGUCCCCCGCGGCUGCCGCCGCCGCCUGCGCCCUCGCCUCCGCCUUCCCGCCCGCGCCGGGCCGGGCGCCGCCUCCCCCCUGCCUCCCUCUCCGCUGCGGUCAUGUAGGAAAUUGUAAACCAUGUGAAGAUGGGACUCUUGGUAUUUGUGCGCAAUCUGCUGCUAGCCCUCUGCCUUUUUCUGGUACUGGGAUUUUUGUAUUACUCUGCGUGGAAGCUGCAUUUACUCCAGUGGGAGGACCCCAAUUCAGUGGUUCUUUCCUUUGACUCCGCUGGACAAACACUAGGCGCAGAGUAUGAUCGGUUGGGUUUCCUCCUGAAGCUGGACUCUAAACUGCCUGCUGAGUUAGCCACCAAAUACGCAAACUUUUCAGAGGGAGCUUGCAAGCCUGGCUAUGCUUCAGCCUUGAUGACUGCCAUCUUUCCUCGGUUCUCCAAGCCAGCACCCAUGUUCCUGGAUGACUCUUUCCGCAAGUGGGCUAGGAUUCGGGAAUUUGUGCCGCCUUUUGGGAUCAAAGGUCAAGACAAUCUGAUCAAAGCCAUCCUGUCAGUCACCAAAGAGUACCGCCUGACCCCUGCCUUGGACAGCCUCAGCUGCCGCCGCUGCAUCAUCGUGGGCAAUGGAGGUGUCCUUGCCAACAAGUCUCUGGGGUCACGCAUUGAUGACUAUGACAUUGUGGUCAGACUGAACUCAGCACCCGUGAAAGGCUUUGAAAAGGACGUGGGCAGCAAAACUACACUGCGCAUCACCUACCCUGAGGGUGCCAUGCAGCGGCCCGAACAAUACGAACGCGAUUCUCUCUUUGUCCUCGCUGGCUUCAAGUGGCAGGACUUCAAGUGGUUGAAGUACAUUGUCUACAAGGAGAGAGUGAGUGCGUCGGAUGGCUUCUGGAAAUCUGUGGCCACUCGAGUGCCCAAGGAGCCCCCUGAGAUUCGCAUCCUCAACCCAUAUUUCAUCCAGGAGGCCGCCUUCACCCUCAUCGGACUGCCCUUCAACAAUGGCCUCAUGGGCCGCGGGAACAUCCCGACCCUUGGCAGUGUGGCAGUGACCAUGGCACUACACGGCUGUGAUGAGGUGGCGGUUGCAGGCUUUGGCUACGACAUGAGCACACCCAAUGCACCCCUGCACUACUAUGAGACCGUGCGCAUGGCGGCCAUCAAAGAGUCCUGGACGCACAAUAUCCAGCGAGAGAAAGAGUUUCUGCGGAAGCUGGUGAAAGCACGUGUCAUCACCGACCUAACCAGCGGCAUCUGAGGCGGGCCCAGCACAUGGCCACGGAGGUCCUGGCACCGCCAAGAGCAAGCAGCAGCCACCACCACCUGCCCACUUCAUUGGC